AUGGAUGAACUUAUGUAUAAUGAAAGACAAAAGCCAGAGUUGGUUGAUUUUGAUGUUUGCACUGAAUUACCACCAAAGGUGAAUUCUGAAUGUGACAUUUUCCACAGACUAGGUGAUCGUAAUGACGAAUGGAUCAUGACCAGUUCAAUGCCUGAAUUGGAGGUGACCAUGGCCAUGAUGUUCUUCAUGUCACACAUCGUUCAUUUUUUUCUCAAGUACAUUGGAUUCCCCAGGAUUGCCAACCAGAUCAUUAGUGGUAUCAUCCUGACGUUCAUACUAGUAGAUUAUUCAAACGGGAAGACCAGGGUGGAUAACUUAUUUACAAGAACAGGUCAAGAAGUUCUUGGAACCAUUUACUGCUUUGGCUACCAACUCUUCCUGUUUAUGACAGCAGUGAAAAUGGACAUGGGAACAAUUGUGAGAGCAGGUAAAAAAGCAAUCAUAAUCGGAGUUGCUGCUCCAUUGUUGCCUUUCUUCUUCGGUUUGCGGUUUACAACUACACUUCAAAAGCAACUAACCGAAACAGAGAGCAACAGGCUCAAAGUCAUGGCGUUAGGCCAAUCUCUCAUUUGCUUUCCAGUCAUUUCUUCAAUCAUAACCGAACUCAACAUCCUCAACACCGAAUUCGGCCGCCUAGCUCUCUCUGCAUCAAUGGUUGGCGACGUAGUAAGCAUAUCUCUCGGUAUCUUCGUAAACCUUGGCAUUGCUUAUUUGCAAGGUGGAGCUAAAAGAACAGCUAUAGAUUUGCUUUCAUUUUCUUUGUAUGUUAUGGUGGUCGUGUUCGUCAUUCGGCCACUCAUGUUUCGGAUGAUCAAAAGCACCCCUGAAGGCAGACCCGUAAAGAAUGUCUACGUUUACACAAUUGUUCUUUUAGCUCUCAUUUCCAGCCUUCUAUCCAAUAUGUUUGGUCAAUUCAUCUUACUCGGUCCUUACAUAUUGGGGAUGGCUGUACCGGAAGGUCCGCCACUAGGAUCCACCGUGGUUGAUAAGCUGGAUUGCUUUGUUUCCGGUGUGUUCUUGCCUCUCAUGGUCACAACCACAGGAAUGAGAGUUGAUUUCAAGAAAAUUAAGUACAAUGCGAUGAUGAAGUCCACCAUAGUCAUUGCCAUCGUCACCUACAUUGUCAAAUUCGUAGCCUGCUUGCUACCUUGCCUUUACUUCAGAAUGCCAUCCAUGGAUUCUUUUGCUUUGGCUCUCAUCAUGACAAGCGAAGGCAUUGUCGAAUUAGCCCUCUAUUCCUCGCUCAGAGAUGAUAAUGGCCUUGAUGACCAAAGUUAUGCUGUAAUGCUGCUCAUCAUCUUAGCCCUGUCGAUUUUAGUUCCUAUUGUGGUGAAAUACCUUUAUGAUCCAUCAAGGAAAUAUGCAGGGUACCAGAAGAGGAACAUUAUGCAUUUGAAACCAAAUUCUGAGCUUCGAGUUCUCGCUUGUAUAAAUAGACCUGAUAACGUCCCUGCCAUGAUUAAUCUUCUUGAUUAUUCAUGUCCAACGAAAGAGAACCCCAUUACUGUUUAUGUGCUUCACUUAAUCGAGCUAAUCGGUAGAGCUUCACCCAUCUUCAUUUCCCACCAGAUACAGAAGAAGACCAUAUCCAAUGUCUCCUACUCGGAAAAUGUCAUCCUCUCUUUCAGUCGGUUCGAGAGGGACAACUGGGGCACUGUCAACGUCAACGCCUUCACCGCGAUUUCACCUCCCAAAUUGAUGUACGACGAUAUCUGCACCAUGGCUUUGAACAGGCUCACAUCUCUCAUAAUCCUCCCAUUCCAUCGAAAAUGGUCUAUCGAUGGAAGUGUCGAAGUCGAUGACAAUAUGGUAAGGACAUUGAACUCCAGUGUGCUCGAAAGAGCUCCAUGCUCCGUUGGAAUCCUCGUUAGCCGUGGUAAUUCACAGCGACGGGGAAAUGCCAACGCUUUACCGAACAGCGAUGUAUAUGUACAUUCAGUUUGUACGAUAUUCAUGGGAGGUAAAGAUGACAGGGAGGCAUUGGUUUUUGCCAAACGCAUGGCUAAAGAUCCAAGUAUCAGCCUAACGGUGAUUCAAUUCAUUCCACCGAAAGAACUGCCCGAGAAUCCGAACUUGAAGUGGGAAAAGAUGUUGGAUGCGGAGGUUCUCAAGGAUGUUAGAUAUAGCAAUUCGAGUGUUGCAGGUGAAGCAGGGUUUGUGGGAUAUACAGAGGAGGUAGUGAAAGAUGGAUCGGAAACGGCUUUGAUAGUUAGGAGUUUGGUGGAUGAUUAUGAUCUGAUAAUAACAGGGAGAAGAUAUGGGGUGGAGAGUCCGCAGACUUCUGGUCUAAUGGAAUGGAGUGAAUUCCCUGAGCUUGGCGCCAUUGGAGAUCUUCUUGUCUCUACUGAUGUUUAUGGUAGAGCUUCUGUCUUAGUAGUGCAGCAACAAGUUAUUGACUGAU